AUGCACAAUAGUCUCACCUUCCGAGCAGCCCUCUCAGCGCCCACUUCGAUUGAGGCCGAGAAAACCCUGUCCAUUACAAUCCUAGCGGUGUCUAUAACCUCUGUUCUCGGAGCGGGAUGGAUGAUCUUGAGUUUCAUCCUCAUUCCAUCACUGCGGACAUUCCGCCAUCAGCUAAUCCUUGGGCUGGGAAUAAGCGAUUUCAUGAUAGCCCUAAACUUCAUGAUCUCGACAACAAUGAAUUUCACCGGCCAUGAAAUCUGGCAGCCAGCCCAGCUUGCAUUCUGUAGUUUCAAUGGAUUCAUGGCACAGUUGUUUAUCAUCCAGACUGACUACUGGGUUUUGCUCAUUGCUAUAUGCACCUAUGUGAUACUCUCCGACAACAAACGGGCAUCGGCAUGGAUGCAAGGUCAUCCGAUCGUCAUUUGGUGUCUGCCAUGGGGACUGUCCGCACUUUGGGCAGUUCUCGGUUUGGUGAUUGUUGGAUACGGGAAUAUAGGAGCAUGGUGCUGGUUCACCAGUGACCGGAUUCGGCUCCUCGUCAACUUCAUUCCUCGAUGGAUCAUCGUCAUUGCAAUAAUAGUACUGUACGCUCAGCUAUGUUGGAUACUACUUAAAGCCCAUAGGGCAGUCAGUUCAUCUGAGGAAGACGACACAUUUAUCAUGCUGUCUCGCUCGCAGGAUACUCAGAGGCGCAGACAGGAUCCAUCACCGAACAAUUCUUCAAAUUCCAGGUCUUUCAGAAAAGUCCACCCUGCUCCAUCUCUCAAGAAGAUGUCUCAACGCAUGAUGUUGUAUCCCACGGUAUACAUGAUGAUAUGGAUCAUCCCCACCGCAAUUCGGAUCUACCAGUCCACUGCCAAACGGCCCGUACCACUCUCGAUCAACAUUCUGGACAAGGUGUGCAUUGCUAUCCAGGGACUUGUAGAUGCCAUUAUUUACGGUAAGUAUUCUUCACCAGCACAGAUAGUCUGCUCCUCACUUACUCGACAGGGCUGA